GACAACGAAGUCUAAAUUUGUAUUCCAAAUUGCAUAGUUUUAGGCGAUUUUAAAAAUUUAAUUGAAUUACCUACCAGAGUAACGAAAUCAUUUUUUACUUAGACUUUACACGGUGAUGAAAGACGGUAGUUGAUCGAGAGUUUAUUCAGGAUUAAGAGAGUUCAAGGUAAAAAAUGAAAAACAGAACAAUUUUAUUACGUUUUUGUUUACCUAGAAAUUGAAUAUAUUCUCUAUCAUGUGACCAUGGCAUCAUACACGAUGUAUGAUCUCGUCAUGAUCAGCCUGUUUAUCAAUGUCGGACAAGUGUUUGUAUUGCUGUGAAGAUUGUUGUCAGCUUGAACUUGUUAAAGUAUUUUUUUUCUUGCAGUGUUAACGAAUAGAGCGAGACGGUUGCAUAUUGAUUUGGUGGAUGAUCAGAUUGGCUGUUCACACAUCGAUUAUGAAGCAGCAUGUUAACAAGCUAAUUCUACAACACCCUUACAGUAUACCAAAACACACCUGACGAUGAUGAUAUCAGCUGUGUGCGUGCGUGUGUUUUUCUAUCGUCCAACACAAAUGCAUCAUAUAAUUGUUGCAGGUGCAGAUUCGCCUACAUAUCAACGAGAGCACAUAAAACAAGAAAACAAGAAAAAUAAAAAGGAAGCAACGAUCGUUACGCGUUUUUGCACAUUUUGGCGCCAUGAUCGUUGGGAGAGCGACACAACGCUGCGCUCCCUGACAGCUAUUUUUGACCGUUCGAAACCAACGAAAACUAGCAACGGGUGGAUGAGAAAAUAUUUCACCCCGAGUCAGACACGAGCACGUUGUCGCACGUCACCUAAAAAAACCUCGGAAUAGUUAACGGUGUUGGCCUGAUGUUGACCGGUGGCACAUUCUGACAUUAGACGGCAGGGAAGAUGGCAACCCCGGAGUCGGUUUGCUCUCUCGGGGUUUUACUCGGAUUUCUCUCUCUCUCUCUUUAUCCCUCUCGUUAGCCCUCUGGUUGGGAGGAAGAAGAGGGAGUAGAUCCGUAGGUCCGGUCUAUAAAAGCGCAAAUCGCGGCGGAGAAAUCUUUUCAGUUAAAUUUCAAAACCGAUCCGAGCUAGAUCAAGGUUUUCGGCACACGAUCGUCCAUUUUGUAUUGGGAAGUGGUUGCGAUCGGUUCAUCUGCGCUCCUGUUCCCUUUCUCAUAGAACAGGUACCACCGUGUGGAGUACCAUUUCUUGGCUGUGUUAACAGUGUGUGUAUGUGUGUGCGUUUGAGGUGUGAUUCAUCGUAUAGAAAUUCGUGCUCGUACAAACUGAUAAGUGAUCGCCACGUGGUUGUUCUGUGCAUAACGUUCUGUGUUUUAAUUGUUUGUCGACGUUCGUUUUGAAUGAAUGUGGUCCCGUGUAAGAGUGGUGAAAUAGUAAUCCUUUUCCCUUAAAUUCUACCCUCCACCCCCCUUCCUAUCCCACCCUAUUACCGGUGAAGACUGUGAAGACAGACGGGAGAGCUUUUUUUUUGGUGUACGAUCAGUAGAAAACUCAAUAGUCCGAUAGUAGCGAGCAUUGAACGUGCGCCAGGUCUUGCAAAACACCGUACGGAUAAAAAUUGCCCAGAACGCUCAUGCCAUGCGCAGCUCAAUCUCUCAGCUCUUCUCGGCAGCGACAGACCACGAUGCCAGAGGGCACAACGCACAUCAGCUGCAGACGGCAGCAACAGCAACUCCUACACAGUGCACUAACGGCUAUGCAGGACACAGUGGAUCAAUUAAAGAUGUAUCAAAGACAGACUGGAAUUCCCGCAUCGGGGACGGAACAGCGCAGCUCAACGGGACUCUCGGGCGAGGGACGUCCGAAACGGCAGAGACCGACUCAUCAGGGACCGGGGGGAUGCGGGACGCGCUGGAGGGGCCGGGCUCAACGCAGAACGACAUUAUUCACCUCAAGAGACGGGUGGGACUCUUCAGUGGGGUUGCUUUAAUUGUCGGUACUAUGAUUGGGUCCGGAAUUUUCGUGUCGCCAUCGGGUUUACUGGUGAGAACUGGUUCCAUUGGUGUGAGCUUUAUCAUUUGGAUGGCCUGUGGAUUGCUCUCGUUGUUAGGUGCAUUGGCGUACGCUGAGUUAGGCACGAUGAAUACUUCGUCCGGAGCAGAAUGGGCAUACUUUAUGGACGCGUUCGGGGCCUGGCCCGCCUUCCUGUUUUCGUGGGUGUCGACGCUGGUACUCAAGCCGUCCCAGAUGGCGAUCAUUUGUCUAUCGUUCGCGCAGUACGCCGUCGAGGCGUUCGUGUCCGAGUGCGACCCGCCACUGAGCGUGGUGAAGAUGGUUGCGAUCCUUGCGAUCGUGAGCAUCCUGUUCGUCAACUGCUACAGCGUGAACCUUGGCAUGGCGGUGCAGAAUGUGUUUACCUCGGCGAAGCUGAUCGCUGUGCUGAUCGUGAUCUGUGGCGGUGCGUACAAGCUGUGCCAGGGCAAUACGCAACAUCUGCAGAAUGCAUUUAGCGGUACAACACCGUCGCUGGGUGCGAUUGCGACCGCGUUCUACACCGGUCUGUGGGCGUACGACGGUUGGAACAAUUUGAACUACGUGACGGAGGAGAUCCAAAACCCGAGCAAGAAUCUUCCUCGUUCGAUCAUUAUCGGUAUUCCGUUGGUGACGCUUUGCUACGCACUGAUCAACGUUUCCUAUCUGGCGGCCAUGUCACCGACGGAGAUGAUCGAAUCGGAAGCAGUCGCCGUCACGUUCGGCAAUCGCAUACUGGGCGUAAUGGCUUGGUUGAUGCCACUGAGCGUUACCAUCAGUACGUUUGGUAGUGCGAACGGAACACUGUUUGCCGCGGGACGGCUCUGUUUUGCUGCCAGCCGUGAGGGACAUCUGUUGGACAUUCUGUCCUAUGUGCACGUUCGUCGACUAACACCGGCACCUGGUUUGAUUUUUCACUCUCUUAUUGCCGGUGCGAUGGUACUGUACGGUACGAUCGAUUCACUGAUCGACUUCUUCAGCUUCACCGCCUGGAUAUUCUACGGUGGCGCAAUGGUGGCCCUCAUCGUGAUGCGCUACACCAAACCGAACUACCCGCGACCCUACAAAGUCCCACUUAUCAUUCCAAUUUUGGUUAUGGUCAUUUCCGGCUACCUUGUGGCGGCUCCCAUCAUCGAGAAGCCGCAAAUCGAGUACCUGUACGCAGUGCUGUUCAUACUGGCUGGGUUGAUCUUCUACGUUCCCUUCGUACACUACGGUUACCAUCCAAAGUUCAUGGACAAUGUCACCCUUUUCUUCCAGAUGCUCUUUGAAGUAGUCCCAACGACCUCGAUGGCAAUGUUUGAUUAGAAUGGCGAGCAUCAUCACAAACAAACACCCAACGAAUGUACCCGUAUCGUGAAAAGCAAGGCCCAAGACCCAACAGCAAUUUAACCAGCAAUGGCACAAAACUGUAAAGCCAACGUAAAGUCGCCUCCUACCCAAUAGCAUAUUGGGCUGGUGGUGGUAGUAUAUCGUCGUGUGUUGGCAUUAGUAAUAUAGCACAUCAGUUUAGCAGUAGUGCUCGUAGACUUAGCCGUGUGUCUAUGUGCGUACGUACUUAAUCGCAAAGCGUACAGCAAACAAAUUGUCUGUUUAUCCUUUUUAACGCUUUAAACCACUGGGUGUGCGACAAAGGAAAAUGGGUAAUUAAAAACGAAAAGAAGUGACAGCAAUAUGGAAAGAUUGUUCGCAACAUAGCAAUAUUAUACAUAUACUAUAUAUUGUCCAUACUUACACUGGUGAUGUAAGGGAAGUGUGUACGUGAGCAAUGCUAUCAUGCGAUUGCAAAAGAAGCAUGAAAUCCCACCACAGAAAAUAGGCUAAUUUUUCAUCCCGGAUUGCAUACUUUACCCGUACAGGGUUUCAUUUUGUUCAAAACGCCUAAAAGUAUGCAAUUCAUAGUCAACAAUAGAUUCCCUACCAAGCGUCGUUGCCAUGGAGAGUUCAUUGCUGAUUUGAUUGUAUGCGGGCAACAACAUGUGUAUCUUACAAAAGACUAUUACCAUAGCAACGGGAAGAGACGAUUAAAGGUAGCAUUUGUUGUUUGUUUUGUUUUGUGAAAGUUUUAUGAAGCGGGCAAUUAAGUUUUAUUUUGUAUCUACCUAAUACGCUUAACCAACUGCACGGAUCAUUCCCGAAUGGUCGUUUUUUUUGUAGUUGUGUGUUUUUUGAAUUCAUUUUGUUGUUUUUGCUUUCAAACGGAACACCGUGCGUCCGUUAAUGGACAGUGAAAUACGACCAUUUUUUCAUCAUCGGCUUGGAGUGCAGGAGCCGAUGAAUGAUCUCUCCAAUUUGUGGGAAAUUUUAAUAUUUUGCCCUAAUAGUAACGUGGCUAUCACCUUCCGGUGGCCAAUGCAAGAAGGAAGCAAAUGUUCGUGAUUCGAUCGGUGCACCAACGGAGCUAUCAUUCCGCGCCGAAGGAUCGAACGAACAUUUUGACGCGUAUCAAAGCCACCCUCUAAUCGUCUCCGACCGUUUGUUUGUUAGUUCGUUAGUUUUGUCCUCAUAUACUUAUCAUACUGAGUUUUGUUCGUUGUUUUACAAAUGAUUUAAACCAUAUGUAACAAUUGGAAGACAGUGAUUGGAGCCAUUGCGUAAAGAUUUGUUGAUGAUAGCUGGCAGGGUUUUGACUCCAUUUUGACGGCCAAAAUCCAACAAAACAACCACCACCAUAGAAUACACGACACGGGGAUAAAGACAGUGAAAACCAAAACACAACACCAAACGGACUGCUACAUGAGAUUGGAUUUUAGUAUGAGGUAAAGGGAGGAAUGAAAUAAAAUAUGACAACGUGAUGCUUCGAACAUUACGAACGCAACAAUCAUUACUUAAACAAUGGGUGUGCGCAGGAAGCGAGUGGGAGCGUGGAUGCGUUGAGCGGAACGAAGGUUUACGAAGGGAUUGAUCAGAAGGGGAACCCAAACCAAGAAGUGAUUAGUGUAAAACCGUUUAUUUUGUGUUAAAAGUAUAGUUUUCUUUUUUGCAAAUUGAUAAAAUAAAGAGACGUUAUUUAUAUGAUGAAAAUAAAUCAUAAA